AUGAAAUUUAGUAAUGACAAGGAGACUUCUGAUGAGGACAGUAAAACUGGAUCCGACAGCGACGAGGAAAAGAAGGAUAAAAAGAAAGAGGACACAAAGGGUGGCAGAUGGUGGAAGCUGGGCAAGUCUGGUGGCCAGGGCGCGGACGGCAAGGAAAGCAAGGGACAGAAGGGGGACAAACAAGGGAAGAAGGGGGACAAACAAGGGAAGAAGGGGGACAAACAAGGGAAGAAGGGGGACAAACAAGGGAAGAAGGGGAAAAAGGGAGGCAAAAAGUCCGAGGAUGAAACAUCGGAUGAAUCAGGUUCAGAAGAGGGUGAGAAGUCUAGGUUUUUUAAUUUUAAACUGCCGUCGUUUUUCAAACGAGGCAACGACUCCAAAACAUCGGAGUCUGAUGCUGACGGUGAUGAAGAUGAAGAUGAUGAAGAGCUGAUAAAACGCUCAAAGAAAUCUAAAAAAAGAGACAAAAAAAGUAAAGACAAGAAAGAUAAAAAGGAAAAAUCGGAUACUUCUGGCGAUGAAAAGAAAUCGCCCAAAAAGGAUAAAAAAGAUAAAAAGAAAGAUAGAAAAGAAAAAUCAGAUACUUCUGGCGAUGAGUCUACUUCACCAAAGAAAGAUAAGAAAGAUAAAAAGAAAGGUAAAAAAGAUAUAAAAGAAAAAUCAGAUACUUCCGGCAAUGAAGCAAAAUCACCCAAAAAGGAUAAAAAAGAUAAGAAAGAUAAAAAGGAAAAAAUAGAUACUUCUGGUGACGAAGCAAAAUCACCAAAAAAGGAUAAAAAAGAAAUAAAGAAAGAUAAAAAAGAUAAAAAGGAAAAAUCAGAUACUUCUGGUGACGAAGCAAAAUCACCAAAAAAGGAUAAAAAAGAAAUAAAGAAAGAUAAAAAAGAUAAAAAGGAAAAAUCAGAUACUUCUGGUGACGAAGCAAAAUCACCCAAAAAGGAUAAAAAAGAUAAAAAGAUAGAUAAAAAAGAUAGAAAGGAAAAAUUAGAUACUUCUGGGGACGAAGCAAAAUCACCAAAAAAGGAUAAAAAAGAAAUAAAGAAAGAUAAAAAAGAUAAAAAGGAAAAAUCAGAUACUUCUGGUGACGAAGCAAAAUCACCCAAAAAGGAUAAAAAAGAUAAAAAGAAAGAUAAAAAAGAUAAAAAGGAAAAAUUAGAUACUUCUGAUAAAAAGAAAGAUAAAAAAGAUAAAAAGGAAAAAUUAGAUACUUCUGGUGACGAAGCAAAAUCACCCAAAAAGGAUAAAAAAGAUAAAAAGAAAGAUAAAAAAGAUAAAAAGGAAAAAUUAAAUACUUCUGGUGACGCAGCAAAAUCACCCAAAAAGGAAAAAAGAUAA